UAUAGUGUAUGUUGGAAGUUAGUUUGCGAACAGGUGUGCGUUAAUCCAUGGAACUUCGCGUCGACUGGCAAACAUAUCCAAAGACGUGAAAGGUCAGAAAUUCGUGCUUUUCGGGUUCUUAAUCAUUUAAAGAAUAUUUUUGCUUUAAAUUGAUAAAAAGGAGAAAAUACUGUGUGUUAAUAAAUUAAUAAUAAUAUGGAAAAUGAAGACGCCAUUAGAUUUUUCAUUGAGAAUCCAGCUCCUUCUACUUUAAGCAAUGUAGAAAAUAAAGUGAAAAGAUUCAUUGAUUUGCAACCUGAAGAAAGGAAUGUUGUCUUAGUUACUAGCGGUGGAACUUUGGUUCCUAUGGAAAAAAACAUGGUUCGCUACAUAGACAAUUUUAGCGCAGGAAAUAGGGGAGCUGCAUCUGCUGAAUAUUUUUGUAAAGCUGGGUAUGCUGUUAUUUUCCUUUAUAGGAACUAUAGUUUGAUGCCAUUUGUCCGGCACUUUGAAGGGCCAUGGACAAAUCUCUUCACUAAAAGGAAUGUCGGUUCUUCUUCGUCUUGGGAAAUCAAGGAUUCCCUCAAAGACAUGCUAAACAGCUCUCUUGAAGACUUAGAACAUAUGGAAAAGCGAAGUCAGUUACUUUGUUUACCGUAUACGAUGCUUACUGAAUAUCUAUGGUAUUUGAAAACCAUAGCGGAAGGCUUAAAAUGCUUAAGAUCAAGAGCUUUAUUUUAUUUAGCAGCUGCUGUAAGUGAUUUUCAUAUACCUGCCCAGGACAUGAGUGAACACAAAAUUCAAAGUGGAGCCGGAAAAGACAAACUUGAACUUUCCAUGCGUCCAGUACCUAAAUUUCUUCGUUAUCUGGUAGAUUCUUGGGCACCUGAGGCAUUAAUUAUCUCGUUUAAAUUGGAGACUGACGAGAAUAUUUUGAUUCAAAAGGCUAGGGCUGCUUUACACCGUUAUAACCAUCAGUUGGUCAUUGCCAAUUUGUUGACUACUCGAAAAAAAUCGGUUGCAUUUGUCAUCCCCGAUUCUGUAAUGUGGUUGCAUCUAUCUGAAGACGAUUUAAAAAAUGGCAUUGAAAUCGAGGAUUACAUUGUUUCCCAAUGUAUUAAAUUACAUAAAGAGAAGAACCUAACAUGAAAAUUCGUCGCAUAAAUAAACCGUUUCGUGUUUGCUUUGUGAAUAUGUAGUGGUUGAUAUAUAUAAACGAAUAGAAAACGUAUGCUUAAACGAGUUUGGACAGCACGAAAAAUUGAAAACAUCUAUCUAAUUAUAACAUGUAGGAUAAGAAUACAUUAUUCAAAUAAUUGCAAUACUAUAGCUUGCAUUUAUAGCAGAGAGCUUGAGGAGUUCAAAAUAUUAUGGGUUUGGUAAACAAAAAUUUUUUUCGGG